AUGUCUAGACCAUCCACCCGCCCGCCACGGUCACUAUGGCUCUUUCUUUUCCUUGCCAUCGCCUCCACGGUGCUGGCUUCGGCACCCUUGAUAGAUGCGCUCCCGGCUCAAAUCACUGCUCCUGCAGUCAUGCCCCCUAUGGAUGCCCUCGUCAUGGACGACCGCACACCCACCAUGAUCAAGGGCCGCUGGACCAUGGUCCCGCCCGAGUACAACGAGCUGAAGAAGCGAGAAGAGGAGGGUAUCACACUUACGCCGAGCACCACCGGAACGGCAACCGUCCAGCCCACAACGCUGACCGUCUCUGUGACGGUUCCCGCUGCCACGGUGGACGUUUCAUCGCCGCUGCCCUCGCCCUUCGACACCAGUCUCGCCUUCAACUUCACCAGCAACGACGGCGCCUCAUGCCCCCGCUUCAUCAACUCGCUCCUCACCAACCAGAACUUCAAGAAAUGCUACCCGCUCUCGAUGCUGCUUCAAGGCUCGAACUCCUUUUUUGAAGCGGAAAAGCAGCUUGUGAGCAUCGUGCGUGUGCUGGACGCCACCUGCAGCGCCGACAUCGACUACUGCACCGAGUUCCUCAACGGCGUGGCCGGCAACCUCACUUUGGACGCCAACUGCGGCUCCGACUACGAGAGCGGCAACCCUAUCGUGAUGCAGACCUACCUCGGCUUGAAGGCUUAUGAGAUGUUGUAUAAGGCUACCUGUCUUACCGACCCUGACACGUCAAUGUACUGCUUCGCCAACGCCGUCACCAACCUUACCACGCCCUCCAACGUCUACUUUUACUACCUCCCGCUCAACAUGACUCUGCCCGCCAGCGCGAACCCCACCUGCGGUUCGUGUAUCCGCCAGACCAUGGAGAUCUACCAGACCUUCACUACGAACCGCAAACUCGCCAUCGCGUCAACAUACGAGGACGCCGCCAAGCAAGUCAAUACAUUAUGUGGCCCCGAGUACGUCAACGACACACUCCUGGCCGCCGUCAGCACGGCGGUGCUGUCAGCGCCUUCGUGGGUUCUCACGACAACGACACUAGCGCUGGCUGUGGCCUAUAACUUUGUGUAG